UCCUGUAUAUACAAAACUUUAGCAAAAUCGCCUGUUUCUUGUAGCACAGAAAAUAUAUAUUUUAUAAAGUAACAUUAGCGAUUGGCAAAACUCCGACAGGCAGACAGACAGGCAGACAGACAGACAGUAGGCACUUUAUUUCCUGACAGACAGACAGUCAUGAUGUUAAACUGUGCUGUGUAGCAUUAGCAUUAGCCUACAGCUCUAGGAAUGCCGUCCUCUAGUUAGGGUUACAGUCUUUUCCUUUUGAUUAGACAAAUAACAUCAAGCACUAUGAAUUUAUUACCAUCAAAUCCUCACGGUAAUGGGUUACUUUAUGCUGGAUUUAACCAGGAUCACGGAUGUUUUGCGUGUGGAAUGGAGAAUGGAUUCAGGGUUUAUAACACAGACCCGCUCAAAGAAAAAGAGAAACAAGAGUUUCUGGAGGGAGGAGUCGGGCACGUGGAGAUGCUUUUCCGAUGCAAUUAUCUUGCGCUUGUUGGAGGCGGGAAAAAGCCAAAGUACCCUCCCAAUAAAGUGAUGAUUUGGGAUGAUCUGAAGAAAAAGACUGUGAUAGAGAUCGAGUUUUCCACCGAGGUCAAAGCUGUGAAGCUUCGCCGUGACAGGAUCGUGGUGGUCCUGGAUUCCAUGAUUAAAGUCUUUACGUUCACCCAUAACCCUCAUCAGCUGCACGUGUUCGAGACCUGCUAUAACCCCAAAGGUUUGUGUGUCUUGUGCCCAAACAGCAACAACUCUCUGCUGGCGUUCCCGGCCACACACUCGGGACACGUGCAGAUCGUGGAUCUGGCCAACACCGAGAAGCCUCCGCUGGACAUCCCCGCGCACGAGGGCUCGCUGUGCUGCGUCGCGCUGAACCUGCAGGGCACGCGCAUCGCCACCGCGUCCGAGAAGGGAACCCUGAUCAGGAUAUUCGACACCUCGGCUGGGCAACUGAUCCAGGAGCUGAGGAGAGGAUCGCAGACCGCCAACAUUUACUGCAUCAAUUUCAACCAGGAUGCGUCUCUGAUCUGCGUUUCCAGUGAUCACGGCACAAUCCACGUAUUUGCAGCGGAGGAUCCCAAAAGGAACAAGCAGUCCAGCUUGGCGUCCGCCAGUUUUCUGCCCAAGUACUUCAGCUCCAAGUGGAGUUUCUCCAAGUUCCAGGUGCCGUCCGGUUCUCCCUGCGUCUGUGCCUUCGGGACCGAGCCCAACGCUGUGAUCGCGAUCUGCUCCGACGGGAGCUACUACAAGUUCCUGUUUAACCAGAAGGGCGAGUGUUCGAGGGACGUGUACGCGCAGUUCCUGGAGAUGACCGACGAGAAGAUCUGAACACACACACACACACACACUACUUCACUUUACCAGUCUUGGAGUUUCCCGGAUGUGGAAGGACUCCGGUGGGAUUCGAGCGUCACACAGACGAGCGGAGAGAACUGAACACUGUACACACUCCAGUCUCUCCUGACUGGAACACGACUGAAAGAGUGACUGACGAGGGAAACCUUAUUUUGUGAAAGGACACUUUUUUAAGCGGUC